AGCGAAUUCCCGACUUACGCGGAUAAAGCAUAAUAACUGUUAGGAAAGUAAGCGCACUUGGCAAUUGCUUUCGUCGCAUAAUGCGUCUUGAUACAGGGCAGCGUGUCCAAUCGCAACGGUGCAAGGAGACCCGGCGAAGAUGCGUGCAAGCUGCGGUUGGACGCGCUGCUCGGCGUGUUUCGCCCUCCACAAUGGGUGGUUGCAACCGGCUUGGCCGCGCGGCUAGAACUCCUUUCCGUCCAGUCGCAGUAUUUCCAUUCUUUAAAAGUGCGGUCUCAAAACCACCAAGCGCCGAGGAGCCCGUGUCUCAGCAGAAGCAGCAACAACAACACCCUCACCAUCAUGGCCAUCAACACCAUCAUCACCACCACAAGUUUGACCUGCCGCUUGCGGUCGUGCUGGCCGGCGCUGCCUUCGAGUCCUACCUGCAGCCCCAGGGCGGACAGGGCUUCCAGCAGCGCACCGUGGGCGGCCCUACCGUCACCUACACCGACAAGUCCUUCCUCACGCAACCCACUACGGCGUGCUUCAUGUGCAGCUGCUGUCCGCCUCCAACCUGCGCCCCGCCGACCCGGGCGGCGCCUCCGACCCCUACGCGCUGCUUCAGCUGGGGGCAUGCAGCGUGCGGUCGGCGACGGUGUGGGGCAGCCUGGAGCCGAGAUGGGGGGAGGGGGAGGCGCACUGCCUGUAUGUGAGGGACCCCCGUACGGAGGUGUUGCGGGUACGGUUGUACGACGAGGACCCCGGGCCCAAGAGCGAUGAUGAGCUGGGGAUAGCCAUGAUGGGGCUGGGGGGGC